CCUCACUCACUACACCAAUGCCGCUCACUGUCUUGGCACGUUCAGGCACCAGAGGAUUUGGGACAGAUACAUGGGCGUCAUUAAAAGCUUGAACAGAACUGUGGACUAGAGGAAGACUGAUCAGUGAGUAUGAUUUUUUUUAAAUGCAUUUACCUUUAUAUUUGUGUCUGAUGUGUUUCAAUAUGACAUUUUUAAAAUGUUAUUGUAUUUAUGAAUGUAGAAUGUAAAAACAAAUAUGCAAUACAUUCCAUAGAAAGACAGUACAGUAGGUUGUAACAUCAUUCUUCAUUCAUUCUUCCCUUGAACCUGCUGUAGUACAAAUAUAGGAUCUUAAUUUGAGCCAGUUUGAUACAGCAGGAAAAUAAUCAUGCAGCAACAGGAAAUGUGAAUUAUAAUUAAUGGACACUUUUGCAAGGGUUGAUAAAUGUUUUGAAAAAUCAAGUCUGACAUUUCGAGGUGGAAAUUACAAUCUUCAGAAGCCUAUUUAAACCUCAAAUACACUACAAGUUAAACAUGUUCUGCAUUGCAGGAAAGUUCUCCUUCAACAGGGGGAUCAAAUAAACAUCCUACGUAUGUUGUUUUCUGCCAUUUUAUUUUUGGCUUUGAGGAUAAAAUGUACUGUGUAGUUCUGCAGUGCAAGUUUUAUUGAAAUUAUUGAUCGAUUGCUAAAUAUAAGCUCUUCUUAAAACCUGUUACUGCAGUGGGCUAAAUCAGGAUCACACAGAGUGAUUCUUGGUAGUCUUAAAACAAAUCUACUUUGAAACAAAAGUGUACACCUCACACACAUGGUUAUGGGCUAACAAAAAAGAAGAUACCUGUACCAUGUUGAAAUGUAUAACAUUUUGAGUUUACAUCCCAAUAUUACACUUUAUAUACAUCACAGAAGACUGAAAUAUAACACAACUGUUUGACAUAGAAACAGCAGAUUUUUGACAGUUAAAAAAAAAAUCUUUAUGAAAUGAUGACAAAUAGUAACAACGUUCCAUUCAUGAGGACACUAGAUGGCGCUUUUGGUCAUUGACUGCAGGAGAGGGAUCUGUCUACCAACUAAAACCCUCCUGAAAGAUAACGCUCAUCUGUUAAUCUUGUCACCUGCCAGGCUUUAGGGCCAAGAAUGGCCACAACAAACAGGUGUACAUUUCCGCAUUUGAUUUUGGGAUGGAUUAAUAUUAAGCUCAAGUCUGUUUUACAUUAUUGCACAAUAAUAAAACCUCUGGAAAAAUGUAUCAUGGACUAAUAAAAGCUUAUGCACAGCUGUGAGCUGAAUCCAGUUAUGCAUAGCUUCAUGUGGCGUCUGUAUACCUGCACCUGUGCCCUCCCAGGCCAUUGAGGUUAUAUCUCUGUCACCAUUAGUCUAUGGUAGUGUGGAAUUUAGGAAAGGAGUUCACAGCCCUCUUGGAGCCAGCCUAAUUGCUUUAAUCUCUCAGAGAGUGGUGAUGUGGUUAUUUGCCAAUAUCAGCACGUGUCUGACUGGAUAUGGUGGUUCAGUCUCAUUAUACUGAAGUGAAAACAGAGGACUUCAUGGUAUGUGGCAAGUUCUGAAAUACCGAUUCAAACCAUUAUAAUUGUGUGACACAUUUUCUUUGAAAUGCUCGUUUGACCAGUAGCACACAUUGUUCUACUUGUGCAGUACAUGACUCAAGCAUGAGACCAUGGGGCAGUCUACUCUGUCUUCCCGUGUGACCAUUGGUGUGGCAGGAUAAAAAGCAUGGGCCUAAACGUAGCUAUUUGACAUAAUGCUGUCGUGUUCAGGUCACCACAUGGGAGGAACUGAACAUGGAAAACAACCCAUCUACAGUCUGAACUGGGAUACAUGCACACAUGAUAGACCAAUACUAAGUAUCACUGUUUGUGCCAUUGUCAAACUUCAUUUCUCUCUCGCUCUCUUGUCUUUCUCACAGAUUCUGGAAUAUCACUUUGCUUCCCCUCCCUGUGUUGUUGGUCUUUGCCAGUACAUUUAUGUACUACUGAUUCAGGUGUAUGUGUGUGAUUGUGAUCGAGUGACUCCACAGCAUUUGUUUGUCUGUCUGCUACCUGCUCUCUGUUUGUUUGUUUGUUUGUGUGUGUUUAUGUGUAGUAUGCGGAGAACAUUUGUGUUGUUAUGUGUGUGUGUGAGUUUGUCCCUCUUCCACCAUACAAAGUCUCAAUCGCCUCCUGAAGGUGACAGCCUCAUGGAGUGCACAGAUGGUUAUGAGUGGGAUGUUGAGAGUCAGCAUUGUAAAGAUAUCAAUGAGUGUCAGACCAUUGUGGAGGCCUGCCAGGGGGAGAUGAAGUGUUUUAACCACUAUGGUGGUUACCUGUGUCUCCCACGCUCUGCCUCUGUCAUCACCGCCCCUGAACCAUCCAGCCAAUCAGUGGCCAUCCUGCCAAUGGAGUCCAACGAGGCCUUCAGCCCCUGUCCUGUAGGCUACGAUGCCCAAGGGGAGGGCUGUGUAGACAUGGACGAGUGUGUACUCGAUCUUCAUGACUGCCAGCCCAGCCAGCAGUGCGUUAACACUGUGGGCACCUACAGCUGCCAGUGUCCAGAUGGAUACAGCAAAAUUGGUAUUGAGUGUGUGGACAUUGAUGAGUGUAGAUACAGGUACUGUCAGCAUCGCUGUGUAAACGUACCUGGCUCUUUCUCCUGUGAGUGUGAACCUGGGUUUCAGUUGGCUGGAAACAACCAUUCAUGUGUGGAUGUGAACGAGUGUGAGAUGGGCACCCCCUGUCAGCAGAAAUGUUACAACACGUAUGGCACCUUUCUCUGUCGCUGUGAACCGGGCUACGAGCUGGGACCAGACGGACACUCAUGCAAUGAUGUAGACGAGUGCAGCUACUCCAGUUACAUGUGCCAGUUCCAGUGUGUUAACGAUCCAGGGAGGUUCUCCUGUAUCUGUCCAGAGGGGUACCAGCUACAGGGCACCAGACUCUGCCAAGAUGUGAAUGAGUGUGAAACAGACAAAGACCAGUGUGGAGAGGGCCAGACCUGUAUUAACAUCCAUGGGGGUUAUCAGUGCACCGAUUCCAACCUCUGUCGAGAGCCCUAUGUGCUGACAAGAGCCCUAUUGUCUGACAACCGCUGUGUUUGCCCGGUCAUCAAGCCUGAGUGUCGUGACCUCCCCUUCUCCAUCGUCCACCGUUACAUGAGCAUCACCUCAGAGCGCUCUGUCCCCUCAGACAUCUUCCAGAUCCAGGCCACCCGCGUCUACCCUGGAGUCUACAACACCUUCCGCAUCCGCUCUGGGGACCACAAUGGGGAAUUCUACAUACGGCAAAUGAACAACAUCAGUGCUGUGCUGGUCCUGGCCCGUGCUGUGACCGGUCCAAUAGAGUACACCCUGGAUCUGGAGAUGGUGUCUGUCAAUCCCCUCAUCAGCUACCAGACCAGCUCUGCCCUACGACUGUCUGUCUUUGUAGGACCUUACACCUUCUGAGGAGAGAGAUGGAGUAAUGAGAGAGAGAGUGGGAGAGAAAUGAGAAGAGGAAAACUGUUAAGGACAUGAGACAGAAACAUUCCUCAGACUCAUUACUGCUAUACUACUAUGUAUCUUUAAAACAACUGCCCGGGGAAAAGCUAGUUGUAAAACCAUUCUUCCAUAAUUCUGUGAGUCACCACACACACAUCCUCACACACGUGCACACACACCAGUGGUGGCUGGUGUCACUUUAAAUGGGAGGACAGGCUCAUUAUAAUGGCUGGAAUUGAAUAAAUGGAACUGAGUCAAACUUGUUUUUGAUAUUGUUCCAUUUAUUCCAUUCCAGACAUUAUUCCCUCCCUUUACCAGACUCCUCUGACACACACACAAGGACACAUGCAUGGCACACUGGGACAGGGUGCAUAUGGCUGACACACUGAGACAGGGUGCAUAUGGCUGGCACACUGGGACAGGGUGCAUAUGGCUGGCACACUGGGACAGGGUGCAUAUGUCUGGCACACUGGGACAGGGUGCAUAUGGCUGGCACACUGGGACAGGGUGCAUAUGGCUGGCACACUGGGACAGGGUGCAUAUGGCUGGCACACGGGGACAGGGUGCAUAUGGCUGGCACACGGGGACAGGGUGCAUAUGGCUGGCACACUGGGACAGGGUGCAUAUGGCUGGCACACUGGGACAGGGUGCAUAUGGCUGGCACACUGGGACAGGGUGCAUAUGGCUGGCACAUGGGGACAUCACAAUAGUUUAAGACAGUUCAAUCAGUAAUAUUCCCAGACAGUUAUAUUAACAGAUUAACCUAUCACCUUGUGUUCACCAUAGUUGGUAUCUAGCCUCUUCACCAUAUUUUCAAUAGUCUGUUGCUGCACAGAAGACUAGCUAAGUUAUAUAGAGGGACAUUAUCUAGUUACCAAGGAAAUGGAUAAAAACAUCCAUUCAAGGCUACCAUUUCAACCCAUGUUAUACUGUUCUCUUUCUCUCCAUCAAGGAUGUCGUUUUUUCUUUUUUUACAUCUUACGGUUGUUUUGACAUGUUACUAAAAUUAAAAGAAAUGAAACCAA